AUGCUCCACAGAAAGCAUCAGCCUGGACAAUCUACGCUCACUUGGGAUGAUGCUUCCAAGCUUCUCAGGUCCGCCGCAAUGGAGCCAAAUUACACAACUGCCCCAAUGCUGCAUGCUCAGGCCGCCAAACAAGGCGUACUCUCGGAUUUGCCCACUGCCACUCGUCUGCUCACGGUUUACUCGAGACGUAAGGAAUUUGUGUCCUGUUUGGAUCUGUUCGGCGAAAUUCUCGAUAAAGAUGUCGUGUUCUGGAAUGCCAUGAUGAGCGCGUGCGUCGAGAACAAGCGUUUCCAAACCGCAGUCGGUUUUUUUGAGAAAAUGGUCCGUGGGGCCCACGGGUUCGACCACACGACCCUUCUCGUAGUUCUAUCCGUAUUUUCGAACCUGAAAAGCCUCGGGCACGGUAAAAUCGUUCACGGGCUGGGUUUGAAAUCCGGGAUGCUUUCCGAAACUGUUUUGAGUAAUAACCUGGUUGAUAUGUACGCCAAGAGUGGAGAUUUGAGUUCAGCCCAGUCUGCUUUUUCCGAGAUAGAAUGCAAAGACCAAAUCUCGUGGAACUCGAUCAUCAGUGGGUGUUUCCACAACGGCCGGCCUGAGAAGUCCCUUUCGUAUUUCAUGCGGAUGGUUUCCUCCGGAAGCCAAGCGGAUGACACGGGCCUCUCUUGUGCAAUGGCGGCUUGUACUUGCCUGCAGGCGUAUGACUUUGGUCGAGGGAUUCACGGGCUGGGAUUCAAAUCGGGCUAUUUGGAUAGUAUCUCAGUUGCCAACUCUCUUAUCUCGUUCUACUCUCAGUCACGAGAUAUAUGCGCGGGGGAAUUUAUCUUCUUUCAACAAAUGACAGCCAAGAAUGUAGUUUCUUGGAAUGCCAUGAUCAAGGGUCUUUUUGUGUGUGGGGAAAAUGCGAAAGGGUUUACUCUUUUGCGUGAGAUGCAGUUUGUGGCAUUUAUCCAACCCGACAUGACAACAUUAGUUACUGUAAUUCCGUAUCUGGCCGAGCUAAUGCUUUUACGGGAAGGAAAAGCUGCUCACGGCUGCGUAAUUAGGAGGGAAAUGAUGUCAGAAGUAUCAGUCGUCAACGCUCUCAUUAAUUUGUAUUCCAAGUGUGGAAACGUGAAAAAGGCUGAAUUUUUAUUCUCGAUCAUGCCUAAGAAGGACUCAGUGGCUUGGAACACUAUGAUAUUCGGCUACUCCCAAAACGGGAAAUCUCGGGAAGCACGAAAACUAUUCAAGAAAAUGAUGGGUAGUUACACGGCACGCUCGUUGGCGACUCUACUGGCUAUUAUUCCAUCUUGCGACUCUCAAGAAUCACUUCAGUUCGGGAGAUCGAUUCAUGGUUGGAGUAUGAAAUUGGGAUUUUCAAACCACAUAUAUGCCUCGAACUCAAUCAUGCACAUGUACAUCAAUUGUGGGGUCCCAUCGGAUGCCUUUGCAUUAUUCGAGAGUCUACUGAAAAAGGCUGAUAUCACCUGCUGGAACACCAUUAUAGUUGGCUGCAGUCAGAAAGGCCAUUUCCGCGAAGCUUUGGUAUUUUUGGACCGAAUGAGAAAAAUGUACUCCCAACUCCAUCCGAAUUCCAUAACCCUAGUAAAUGCCAUAUCGUCUUGUGGGAAUCUCGGUUUACCGAUUCACGGAAAGCUACUUCACGGCCUUGCGGUAAAAUCCGGAGCAAGUACUAAUCUGCAGGUGCAAAACUCACUAGUGACGAUGUACGGCAGAGUAGGGGAUACCGAGAGUGCAAAAGCGGCUUUCGACCUCAGUAGUGGCCACAAUUUAUGUUCUUGGAAUUGCCUGAUAUCGGCUGUCUCACAGAACGAUGAUGCCAAAAUCGCACUCGAACUCUUUCGCUCACUUGAGUUCGAGCCAGACGAGAUCACCAUAUCUACAGUCCUCUCGGCUUGUGCUCAACUCGGGGAUGUAACUUACGGCACACAGAUACAUGGACACGUUGUCCGGUUUAAUUUCCACAAAAACCCCUAUAUAUCUUCUGCUCUUAUAGACAUGUACAGCAAUUGCGGGAAGCUAGACGUAGCCGAACGGGUUUUCUCGGGCUCGCCCAAAAAAUCGGUCUCUGCUUGGAAUUCAUUGAUUUCGGGCUACGGGUUUCACAACUCGAGCCCAAAAGCAGUUGAAAAAUUCCAAGAAAUGGUCCGUUCAGGUGUCCGACCCACAAACGGCUCGUUCACGAGCCUCCUCUCUGCCUGUGGUCACUCAGGGAUGAUUGACGACGGCCGGAAGUAUUACGAGCAAAUGUGGUCUGAAUUCAACGUGCGGCCCACGACCGAGCACCAUGUGUGCAUGGUCGACAUGUUGGGCCGGGCCGGGAAAUUGAACGAGGCCUUUGAUUUUGUCAGGAGUUUGCCGGGCAAGAGUGAGGCGGGGGUGUGGGGCGCCCUCCUGAGUGCGUGCGGGUAUCAUGGGGAUCUCGAGAUGGGGAGGAAAGUCGGGGAGGUCUUGUUUCGGCUGGAGCCGGAAAACGUGAGUUAUUAUGUGGCUUUGUGUAAUAUGUACGUUGGUGCGGGUAUGUGGGAGGAGGCUGUGAGGUUGAGGGCUGUGAUUCAGGAAAAACAACUGAAGAAAGAGGCUGGUUAUAGUUCUGUUGAUGUUGGUGUGAGGUGA